UGGUGGGAGGUGUUAAAUCAGUUAUUUUGCUGCUGAGCUCAGACAGUAUGGACUCUCAAAACAAGGCCUGGCUUUAAAAACAAAGUUGCUAACCAGCACUUAUACCGUAAAUAUGUUGUUAUAAGCAGAAUGCGGUCGGUUUUAUUUCUCUCCGGUAUGGAAGAGCGGCAUCAAACCGGGAAUAAAGUGCGUGAAGCGGCGGAAACGGGGCGGCGGAUGUGAAGCGGUCCAGCCAAAUAAAUAAGAUAUGAACGCGUCUUUUCUACCCAGCCUGGCAACAUCCCGGGGAGGUCAACGACGCUGCGGAGAGAAAGAGGUGGCAACCAUGAUUCAGACACGGGAAUAAUAAUAAUAAUAAAAAAACAUUUCUAAAGGGAGGUUUCGCCUUGAGCGGAGGUUUGGGAGUAGCGAGACGCGGCGGCGCUGCGCCCGGGCUCUGGAGCGCCGGAUCCCGCUUGGAAGCCGAUGAAGUGUCGGUGGUGGCCGGGCCGUAUGGAGGUCCGUCGUCCAUGAUUAAGCGACUUUGGCAUGCAGAAGGGCUUGUAAACGACGUUUCUAUCGCCGUAGCAAAAGGUCUCCAACCUCCCUUCACCCCUCUCCUCCCUGUGGAUCAUAGGAACGCCCCGUCAUCACCCCCUCCUCCCCGGACAGACCAACGGAAGGAUUCCCGGAUUGCCUUUCAGCCCUGAUUCCUUGUCUCUCUCUGCCCAUCUUCCACCUCCAUCUCUUUCCUUUGUCAUAAUGGCUACUUGAAUGAUUUAUAAAGUACUGUAGUGCCCUCGAGCAAGGCAUUGCUCUGCUGUUGACACGUUUGUCAAUAUGGCCGGUCCGAGGGUGUUAAGAGGGAUAAAUCAACAGCAUCGACGUUCACAGUGUAAACGUGAUAUAUGUGACUGAUCUAAGAGAGAGAAAAAGAGAUGAUUCAGCUAUUCCAGACCGCCUCGUAACACCUUGAACGACUAGCGGGACCCCCUGAAGUGCCUUGCCCAAGGGAACACCAGCAGGGCCAUUCACUGCUGCUUCAGUUUGGUCUCGUGGUGGCGCUUUUAAGUUAAAGGGCCCAGGCGUCUCCUCCUUCCUUUCCUUUUCCCUGACUUCCUUCCCCUUCCCUCUUUGAUUUCUUCCUUUGGUCCUCCCACCUGGCCUCCACCAUUCGCCCCUCCCUCGCAACGGCUGUCCUCCCCCCUCGCCCCCGCCCCCAGUCAUCCUCCCCCUCCCACUCCCCCUCCACCUCCUCUGCCCCUUCCUCUCCCCACCACCACCAUCAUCAUCACCAUCACCACCCUCACCCUCAACCCAACUCCCACCACCACCACCAGCACCACCAUCACCACCCCCAGCUCCCCUCCUCUCCCCCUCGCUAUCUGCCUCCUCCCUUCUCCGCCUCCUCCUCCUCUCCGGCAACCAUGGCGAUGGCUGCCACCGCCUCCUCCUCCUCUUCGUCCUCGUCGUCGGCCAACGGCAGCGCCCGAGAGCACCUGCUGGCGGUGCGUCGGCGGACCCCGCACAACCGGCCGUACACGAUCGGGCCCGACAACCUCCGCAGCCUGUCGGUGCAGGACUCACCGGGGGGCUCCACCUCCGCGUCCUCCUCCGCUAUGUCGUCCGGGAACCAACCAGAAACGACGGGCGUGGGGCUCCAGCGGGCCAAUAGUGACACGGACCUGGUGACGUCAGACAGCCGGUCAUCGCUCACGGCGUCUAUGUACCAGCUGACUCUAGGCCACAGCCACCUGGUCAUCUCCUGGGACAUCAAGGAGGAAGUGGAUGCCACCGACUGGAUUGGCCUGUACCACAUCGAUGAGACGUGUGUGGCCAAUGUGUGGGACUCCAAGAACCGUGGCGUGAACGGCACCCAGAGGGGACAGAUCGUGUGGAGACUGGAGCCCGAACCCUACUUCAUGGAGCCGGAGACUAAGGUCUGCUUUAAAUACUAUCAUGGUGUAAGUGGAGCAUUAAGAGCAACGACGCCUUGUAUCACCGUCAAGAACCCUGGAGUACUGGUGGGCACUGAAGGCCAAGUGGAGGACCAAUCAGGGACUGAGCACUGUCGGAAACUAGUCAGCUUCACCCUGUCAGACAUCCGGGCAGCAGGCCUGAAGAAGGGCAUGUUUUUCAACCCUGACCCCUACCUGAAGAUGUCCAUCCAGCCCGGAAAGAGGAGCGGCCUCCCCAAGUUCACCCACCACGGCCAGGAGAGGCGCUCCUCCAUCAUAGCCAACACCACCAACCCUGUGUGGCACGGGGAGAAAUACACCUUUGUGGCUCUGAUGACUGACGUGUUGGAGAUCGAGGUGAAGGAUAAGUUUGCCAAGAGCCGGCCAAUCAUCAAGCGGUUUCUGGGUCAGCUGAUCAUGCCUGUGCAGAGACUCCUGGAGGGGCCGACAGCUGACGACCAGCCAGUCAGCUACAGCCUGUGUCGUCGUCUCCCUACGGACCAUGUGAGUGGGCAGCUUCUGUUCAGAGUGGAUAUCACCUCCACAGGACAAGAAGAAGCGUCCCCAGACGCUGUGGGAACCAUCUUGGGUGGGGCAGUGAACGGGGACCCCGGCAGUCCCUCUGAUGACGAAGACCUCCCUCAACCGCCCUCAUCCUCACGCGUCACAUGUGGACCAUCUCCCACGGGCUCUGACGAGGGCUCCCCGAUGGUCAACGGCGCUUGUUACUAUGGUGAGGACAGCGUGUGGCGGGAGCCUGGGCAGAUGGGAGAGGAGGAUCUGCUUCCUGUGGCUCUGGGCGGCCACACCCACCGGCAGGUGUCACUCAACGACUAUCUGGAUGCCAUCGAGGCACCCAGGAGCCCUGGGGACCGGCCUCUGGCAGGGCCUUCGCCAAAACUCCGCUCCAGCUUUCCAACAGACACGCGGCUAAAUGCUAUGCUACACAUAGACUCAGAUGAGGAUGAGGAGACGGCGGGGCAGCACAGGGAGCAAUCCCAGGAGGUGAGGACACAGCAGAGCACGGACUUAGCCUCAUCAAGGAGUCCGGGUACAUCUGAAUCUCAACCGGGGAACGAGGGAUCAAAAGCAGAGCAACAGGGGCAGACUGGAGCUGGGGCUGGGGCCGCAACAGAGGCAGGUUCCUCUGCUAGUUCUCAGUCAGAGACUGAGCCUGCAGGGGCUGAACCUGGAGCUGCAGAAGGUGCAGCUGGAGUCCAAAUGCAGGUGGGAACAUCAACCGCCACUGGGACCGGAGAGGUCGCUGGAGUGACAGCUGAGGCUGCACAUGUCACAGGAGAAACCUCUCAGGCAGCAGGGGCUGAGGCAGCGGCAGCAGAACCCGGGCCGGGGGAGUCUGUGGGGGAGUGUACCUGUCAGGAGCAGAGCAGCAGGACAGAUGCAAACCAGGAAGUUCCGUGCAAUUCCUCACUUGGUCCACUUUCACCCAUUCAGGAGGUGGAGACAAGAAAAGAAGUGGCUCCGAAGGCGGAGGAGGAAGGAGGGGAGUCAUCGAGCAGCGAGGCGAACGGGCCAGUAACAGCAGCUGCUCCGACCAGCAGCAACGUAGCUGACCGAGGAAGAGGGGCUUCUGCAGCUGGUGCUACAGCUCAGGUCAAUGGCCACCAGUCUGUUCGUUCCCUGCCGUCUGUCCGCCAUGACAUCAGUCGUUACCAGAGAGUGGACGAGUCGCUACCGCCUAACUGGGAGGCUCGUAUCGACAGCCACGGUCGGAUCUUUUACGUGGACCACGUGAACAGAACCACAACUUGGCAGCGUCCCACCGCUCCCCCUGCCCAACAGACCCUCCAGAGGUCCAACUCCAUACAACAGAUGGAGCAGCUGAACCGCAGGUAUCAGAGUAUACGUAGGACCAUAACCAAUGACAGCAGACCAGAGGAGCAGCCAGCCAAUGAGCUGCCACCGGACGAGACUGACAUGCACCCCUCUAUCCCAGAGCUGCGUAGGGAGAAUAGUGUGGCUCACUCCGGUUCCAGGUCUCGCCUCAUCCUGCUGCUUCAAUCCCCCAGCGCCAAGUUCCUCACCAGCCCCGACUUCUUCACUGUGCUGCAUUCCAACCCUAGUGCCUAUCGUAUGUUCACCACCAACACGUGUCUGAAGCAUAUGAUCAGUAAGGUUCGUCGGGAUGCUCACCACUUUGAGCGCUAUCAGCACAACAGGGACCUGGUGGCCUUCCUCAACAUGUUCGCCAACAAACAGCUGGAGCUGCCCAGAGGCUGGGAGAUGAAGCACGACCACACCGGCAAGCCUUUCUUCGUGGACCAUAACUGCCGUGCCACCACCUUCAUCGACCCCCGGCUGCCUCUUCAGAGCACUCGGCCGCCGAGCAUCUUAGCUCACCGCCAACACCUGACCCGCCAACGCAGCCACAGUGCCGGGGAGGUCAGCCCACGACGACUGGUGGGUGAAGACCCCCGUCAUGCCGGCCCACCCGUCCUGCCGCGGCCUUCGAGCACCUUCACCUCUGCUAACCGGGGUCAGUGCCAAGACGUCGUACCAGUGGCUUACAACGACAAGAUUGUGGCGUUUCUGCGACAACCAAACAUCUUUGAGAUUUUGCAGGAGAGACAGCCCGACUUCAACCGCAACCAUUCACUCAGGGAGAAGGUGCAGCUGAUCCGCACAGAUGGAGGGUCAGGAUUGGCGAGGCUGUCAGGUGACGCUGACCUUGUCAUGCUGCUAAGUCUGUUUGAAGAUGAAGUAAUGUCCUACGUGCCUCCUCACGCCUUACUUCACCCCAGCUACUGUCAGUCACCUCGGGGAUCGCCUGUCUCCUCCCCACAGAACUCGCCUGGUACUCAGAGAGCUAAUGCCAGAGCCCCAGCACCCUACAAGAGAGACUUUGAGGCCAAACUCCGCAACUUCUACAGGAAACUGGAAACUAAAGGCUACGGCCAAGGACCGGGGAAGCUAAAGUUGAUUAUCCGACGGGACCACCUGCUGGAGGAUGCCUUCAACCAGAUCAUGUGCUACUCCCGUAAAGACCUGCAGCGCAGCAAGCUCUACGUCAGCUUUGUAGGGGAGGAGGGGUUGGACUACAGCGGGCCUUCCAGAGAGUUCUUCUUCUUGGUUUCCAGGGAGCUGUUCAACCCUUAUUAUGGUCUGUUUGAGUACUCUGCCAACGACACCUACACCGUCCAGAUCAGCCCCAUGUCCGCCUUCGUGGACAAUCACCACGAAUGGUUCCGGUUCAGUGGUCGUAUUCUGGGUUUGGCUCUGAUCCAUCAGUACUUGCUGGAUGCUUUCUUCACCAGACCUUUCUAUAAAGGCCUACUGCGCAUUCCCUGUGAACUGAGUGACCUGGAGUAUCUGGAUGAGGAGUUUCACCAGUCCCUUCAGUGGAUGAAGGACAAUGACAUAGAAGACAUGCUGGACCUCACCUUCACCGUCAAUGAAGAAGUCUUCGGACAGAUAACAGAAAGGGAGCUGAAGCCCGGCGGUGCCAACAUCCCUGUCUCUGAGAAGAACAAGAAGGAAUACAUUGAGCGGAUGGUGAAGUGGAGGAUAGAGAGAGGAGUGGUGCAGCAGACUGAAAGCCUGGUCAGAGGUUUCUACGAGGUGGUGGAUGCCAGGCUGGUGUCAGUGUUUGAUGCCAGGGAGCUGGAGCUGGUGAUCGCCGGCACAGCUGAGAUUGACUUAUCAGACUGGAGGAACAACACGGAGUACAGAGGAGGUUACCAUGACAACCAUAUUGUGAUCCGGUGGUUCUGGGCAGCCGUAGAGAGGUUCAACAAUGAGCAGAGACUGCGACUCCUGCAGUUUGUGACCGGGACGUCCAGUAUUCCUUACGAGGGUUUUGCUUCCCUGCGAGGCAGCAACGGACCCAGAAGAUUCUGUGUGGAGAAGUGGGGGAAGGUCACUUCACUGCCCAGAGCUCAUACUUGUUUCAACCGGCUGGACCUCCCACCGUACCCGUCCUUCUCAAUGCUGUAUGAGAAGAUGUUGACUGCCGUGGAAGAGACCAGCACCUUUGGGCUGGAAUGAGACCCUCGUCUCUCCACCCCAUUCAGUUCUCGUCAUCUCCCCUCAGUCUACCCUCUCAAGGACUGCAGGUGGAAGUGAAGAGAGAGAGAGCCAUGAUAGAAGCUGGAUUUAAAGUCUGAUUUAUGGUUUGUGUUUAAUUUAUAAUGGGCUUUUUUUUUUUUUUUAUAACAGAGGCUGAUAAGACCUUUUCAACCACAAAGCUGCACUCUGACCUUUUGAAAUUUCCCAAGUACAGAGGUAAAACAGUUGUUUUUUUGUUGCACCUGCACGCAAUUGGCACCGACUUAGUAACACACGCUUUCACCUGUGUGACAAAUGAAGACCCGCACUGCCUUUGGGACCAGAAUCAUAACUGCCAGGGUUUGAUCAAUCAGAGACCGGGAUGCUUUUUUUUGUCACUUUCUCUUUGAUACCACAAGGUUAAAGUUUAUCAUCAAAGAAGAAGCAACCACUGCCUUCUCUGCAAAAGCUGAGUGGACCUCUUUUAUCCUAAUCUGGAUGGACCUCAAAGGAUUAUAAGGCACGUCCAGAACUGUGAGCUUCACUGACGCCCUCGUUGUAUUACAGCGUCUCCUUGUGGUCUGUUGUAAUGACUGCACUCACGUAGAUUGUGCAUUUGUUUCUCCAAGCCUUUGGAGGACCAUCUGAGGUAACUUUUGGUAAAGUUUGUGGGGUUUUCCAAUGAACUUAUACAGCUGAUUUUGGAGACCCCAAACAAGAAACUUUGCUAUUGUUGUUACAGUGUUUCCAUCUACAAGAAGUGAUUUUUCUAAUGACGUGGCAGUGAAAUGUUGUGAUUUGAAUGUAACUUUAUGAUGUAGUGGGGAGUGAUUUUGUACCAGAUCUGGAUCAAUUUGCAAAAAAAUAUUUGGCCACCACUUACUUGAGUUAAUAAUGUGUUGAUGAGUAAAUUAAGUUACAUACAGAUUGUAACCAUAUCCAUUUACUUUGAUUGUAUUUAAUUGAUUUGAAACAAGCUUUGAUCCAGGUCUAUUCUCUAAAAAUGUGUUAAAAGUCGUCUACACUCAAGAGUUGUAGAUUAAAAUAUCCAAGUAGACAAAGUAAAUGUGUCCACACACCAGUGGUGGAUCUAGAGGAUUUUACAUGGGGUGGCAAGAGACUGAAAAUACAUGCUACUUCUGCAGAUUGAUAUAUAAAUGAUAUGCACUCUCCCUCCUUCCUUCUUAUUUUCUAUCCACAGUUAAGUCCAGCUACUCUGACCUACAGCAGGCAGAAUAAUCCCUGUUUAACAUUGUAGGAGCAUGUAGUUAAUAAGAUACAAUCAAUGGAUGAACAUUUAACACUGAUAUCACUCAGUGUUAAAUGUUUGUCCAUUGAUUGUAUCUUAUCUUAUCUUACUGUAGACUAUCCUGUCAUGGAUACAAUAUCUCCAGUAUGUCUGUGUGCAGACUUGUGCACAGAUAAUAAUGGAUGUUAGAGGAAGGACACUUCUGUAUUUAUUUUCUAAUUAAAUAUUAAGAAUCGAUCUUCCAGCACUGCAGUUUUAAGGCUGUAAUUCCCAGCAGAUCUUCAUCAGUAUCCAUUAUUUAGGAAGCAACUGUAAGACUCAACAUAUCCUAAAUGUUAGAGCUUCAAACAUAACACAAUUUUUUAAAUACUGGUCAUAAACCAAAGUACUGGACAAAGUAUUUGCACCAAAUUUAAUGGCAAUCCAUUUAGCAAGGCUAAAAAUAAUGGGCUGUUUCACUGCUUUGGAUGUAGUGGUGACUGAAAAUGACUCCUCAGUAGCGUUGGUAGCUUCCCACCUUCAUGCCUCCCUCCAGAUCCGCCCCUGCCACCCAUACCCCCCCACAUCUGAACUGAAAAAUUUCGCCAAGCUUGAGUACAGCAGCUGGUGUCAAAGACACAGUUAGGUCAUCAGAUUUUACGCUGCCAAGUUCAAUAUAUUAUGUAAUUAUAGAAAAAGGACUUCAGAGACAUCAACAUAUAUCAACUGGCAUAAAAAUGUUUCCUCAGCAUACUCGCUGUUGCUCAUUAGAAUAAUACAUUUUCUUUUCAUUGUUUUUGGCUCUUUAUUCACCUCACACACUAUGACUAGAAGCUCUCAGAAAGUUUUCUCUUUUCUUUGUUCUUUUUACACUUGUGAUGUUAACCACUUGUGUGUUUAUACGGCUCAAUUUGAUUACACGUAUGUAAACUCUGUAAAAUGUCUUUCUGACAUGAAGAGUCGAACUCUGACACCGUUGAAUAGUUCCUUUAGAUUUGCACUCUGUCAUAAUUUCAAUAUUGAAUGAAUUGUAUCAACUCAAUGUUAAUGUUUCUGUUAAUUUAAUCAAGUUGUUUAGUGGAGUUUUCACACAGCAGGCGCACAGUAAACAGUAAAAACCAUACAGUCCUCAUAAUAGAAAAGCAUGAACAUUUUGUAUAAAAUCAGUUUUGAAGGAGCUUGCAAUGAUCUUUUCUCUUUUGUACAUUGAGAUACUUGUUACCGUCCUCUUCACUCACAUUCCCCCCUGCACUAUGAAUGUAAGCACGCCUUGAACUGCCACAUUGAAAUAUCACUGUCCACAUGCAGGCCUACAACACCUAAAAGUCAACCGCUGAGUUCCUGAGCUAACACAAACCCUUCUGAACGCCUCAUUUUAUACUCACGGCAAAAUCCAGACCAUAUGGAAGCCCAUUUCUGCAAAGAGAAAAAAUGAAUACAUAAAAAGUUAUCUUUGUUAAAAAUAGAAAUGCUCAUCAUCGUUAUCUUAUGAAUUCUUUUAUUACUCUGACUUAAGUCAAAAUUACUAGACUAAAAAUUUCGUCAAAACUGACUGUCACAUGAAUUUUGUCUUAUUUCUGACUUAGUAGGUCAAACUUCAAAUCUCGUAACAUUUAAAUGCUGUUUCAUGCUUUGUAGUAUCUUAAAAAUGUUUUUGAUAAGACUUUGUCUUUUCAUACUUUUAGUUGACUUUUCAUCUUUUUUUUUCCUGGCACAAAUGGGCUUCAAUAAGACCAAAGGUACUGUAGACUAAAUGCUACAGGCUCCUUUUUUAUGCGUGUUGACGGGACAAAAAACAAACUUAAACAGCAUAUUUUAUGCAAAGUCAGGGAGGGUACAUUUGAAACUGAUCGUAUUGUUUUCAAUUUCUGGACCAGAUUUUGAUAAAGCCCUGGACCUACGGUUUUCCUUGUUUACACUUUUAGAGAAUGUACUCUAAUCCAGAAUACUAACUAACAUUAUUUAUGUAUGAAGUUAACAUUUGGAUAGGAAGUUUGGUAAAUUUUCAUGUGCAAAUUCAGUUGAAUUCAAGUGGGAUUGAACAAUUCAAUUCACAGAAUGAAAAUAAUAUUAUUUCCCUCACUGAAUGCACUGCCCUGUCUGUCUAACCAGAAUGUACCAAAGUUUAGAGCCUAAGCCAGCUGCCUCACAUCUAACAACCAACCACUCUUUCUGUACAGUCCACCUCACUUUUAAAUAUGAAUGUUUGUCAGCACUCCUCUCUUAAAAUAAAAUGUCAUCUCUCUAUGCAAGCUUUUUCUUCUUCUUUCCAUGUCACUUUGAUUGUAAUUGAACAAACAGGUCAGGAUAAUAAAUGAAAAUCAAUAUGUG